AUGAAAUGGCGGACUCAUGUUUUUGUCGUUCUUUUCCAGGUUCAUGUCAACAUAUGUUUUUCUCACCAAUGCUUUCCUAACGAGAUUCAAACGUUUUUAAAGGGAAAACUAGCGGACUCUGAUUUCACAUCUUUGCUUUCUCUGGAAGAUAACAGUUAUGGGAAACUGUUUCACAAGUGUUUGUUUUAUUGUGAAAAAGAUAAACGGUGCAUUGGGUUUCAGAUCUGCAAAAUUUCUGAAACUCUGUUCCAAUGUCGAACAUGUUGUGAAUGGAAGAAAGCGAAAGGAUUCACUUUCACGUAUUCGCCUGACUGUAAAUACGUUGAGAUGAAAAUUGACUUCGAAACUAACCUGGCAUUUAACAGAACAGCAAUAUUAAGCAGCGAAUUUGAUGAAAUGCACAAGGCAUCAAACGCAGUUGAUGGGAUAAAGAUGUGUUUUUCAUACAAUCUAGUGGCUUCCUCUUCUAGAUCAAUACAACCUUGGUUGUUGAUUCAGUUGGAUGCUAUAUACAGUAUUGGCAAAGUAGUGGUGUAUGCUAGGAAUGAUAGAUAUGCGAAUGAAGCAAACAACAUUAUAGUUUAUAUCAAGGAUAUUGAUGUCAGCAACGUAUGCGGAGGGAUUUAUCAAGGUCCUACCUUUAAUAGUGACGUCAUCUACUUUAUGUGCCCCUCCGAGUCUAGAGGCAACAGUGUCCAUAUCCAGAAAACGACGAGGGGUCAGCUUGGAUUUUGUGAAAUUGAGGUUUAUGAAUAGCCAGGGAGUGCACAAAUUAAAAUAAACUCUUAAGUUAACUCAGGGUUUGAGUUCUCAAUUUCGGAUUGUUAUAAAGUUAUGAGUAAAAUUUGUUCUAAAUACAAAAAGUUUUUAUGAAAUGAAUUGUUAUUGACAUGACAUUCGAUAUUUUUACUAUAUUAAAAAAUUGCUUCAAAGUUGGACUAUUAGCAAAUCAGAGGAAAUUCGGACUAAAUUUUUCAGAUUUUGUUCUUCUCUAAAAUGUUUUUCGUAGUACUGUAAUAUUUUAAGUUAAUAUUUGCUAUGUUGGUCAACAUAAUUUUGUGUACUUUUUGUUGGUUUUUAUCUUCCUUUUUCAUUUAAAAAAUCGUAUGGAACACACUAUAAAAAUAUUGAAAAAUGCUUAAAAACGAUGAUAGACACUUAAUACCUUAUAAUUUUGA